GAAGCAAGACACGAUUUUGAGAGAAGUUUUAGACACCCAAUAGGAAUCUGAUUCUAUUUGUUCUUCUGGGAUUUUUCCAUUUUGUCUUGCACACUAAUUUUGUUACUACAAUGGCUGAAAUUGUUGUGGUUUUUGACUUUGACAAAACCAUUGUCGACUGUGACAGUGAUAACUGGGUUGUUGAUGAGUUGGGUUUCAGUGUUCUGUUCAAUCGUCUCCUUCCUACCAUGCCUUGGAACACUCUCAUGGAUAAGAUGAUGAUGGAGCUUCAUUCCAAUGGAAAAACCAUUGAUGACAUUGUGCAAGUUCUUCAGAGGAUUCCUAUACACCCCAGAAUAAUCCCUGCCAUUAAAGCAGCUCAUGCUCUAGGGUGUGAUUUGAGGAUUGUGAGUGAUGCAAACACGUUCUUCAUCGAGACAAUUUUAGAACACUUAAAAAUAAGGGAAUGCUUCUCAGAUAUAAGCUCUAAUCCAAGUUAUAUUAACGAAGAUGGAAGACUGCAAAUUUUGCCUUACCAUGACUUCAACAAGCUUCCCCAUGGAUGCACUUUGUGCCCUCCCAACAUGUGUAAGGGCAAAAUCAUAGAGAAAAUCCAAGAAUCAUUAGGAGAAAAGAAGAGAUUGAUCUAUCUUGGGGAUGGUAGUGGAGACUAUUGCCCAAGCUUGAGGCUGAAAGAACAAGAUUUUGUGAUGCCAAGAAAGAAUUUUCCUGUGUGGGAAUUGAUAUGCAAAGACCCUUUACUCAUUAAAGCUGAAAUUCAUGAAUGGAGCAAUGGAGAAGAGCUUGAGCGAAUUUCUUUGAGGCUAAUCAACAAAAUUUGUUCUGGAGAGAGUGCUGAGUUCAUUUCGUCCAAUUGCAAACUGCAUUUUAUGUGCGUGCUUGGUUCCGAUUAAAAUUCACGUUAUUGAUAAUUUUUUGUGUCAAUUUCGUUGUUCGUCUUCAUUUGACGUGCAUCAAACACAGUUAUCUGUGUUUUUGCUCAACUUCUGUCAGUUAACAAAUAAUAACAGUUUAAUGUCUGUGGAAAUCUGA